AUGUCGACUCUCUGCACUGCGUUUACCGAGUUCCCACACCACCACUUUGUCACCACUCGUGUUGCUGUGGCCGCCACUAACGACCCCAACUCUCUUCCCACUAUUCGCGCCAGCUUGUCCGGCUACACUGUCCCUGCUGCAGUUCUGACUGCUCCGUACCCUCCUUCACCUGUCGAGGCCAAGUACUUCUACUACGGCAUACCCUCUCAGCCCCCUUUGGUCACUCGCUCCAGCGCCAACGUCUGGGUCAAGCCGACGGGCCCCGAAGCAUACUUUGAUCCCAAGGAGUCUAGUCCUAUCGGUUUGCACCCUCUCUGA